GCGACGCGGUACGAGCCGUUUGAAUGCCGGUGUGAACGACGUCGCGUUAUGUGCAUCGAGAAACGUGUGAGCCACGCGGGGCUCGCUUGUGUCAUCCUGUUUCUCGCGGCAAUUUUUCAGCCGUUUGGACUUUGCCAAAAUGCCGGGGCACGCGGCACGUACGAGAGGAGAUCGGAUCUGCUUAACAGCGACGACGAGAAGUCGUCGCGCGCUCUGGAAAUCCAUCAUCGGCAGUAUAACAGCCGGGACGCAUCUUCUUCGGAGGGAGCGGAGAGGAAGCUCGAAGAGGAAAACAGAGGGACGCUCUUGUCGCGGGGCGUUAUCACGGAGUCGGCGGGGACGGAAGAGGAAGCGAAAGCGGGAGGGACCCGCGGUGAUAAACGCGGGAACAAACAUCUCCUUUUGUCGGAAAAUGGUGCGAAAAUUCUUCUUCCACGGCGAAACGUAAAUGUCACAAUCUCGAGCGAGCGAGGACGGGAGGACGGCGUCCUUCUCGGAGGUCGAGCGCGGAAAAAGCGUCGCAGGGUCAAAGAUCCGAGGAAUUCCGGGGACGUCGGGGAUCGCGCGCGCGAGAAGAUUAACGAAGACAGUCGCGAGAACGAGAUAGCGGCGAACAGCAGGCGUGGCGGUGGUGGCGAAUCGUCGCGGAAGCGGAACGGCGGUGGAUCGGGAUCGAGAAAUCGGGAAACGCGAAAGUCUCGCGCUGAUGCGCGACGUAAGCGAAAAAAGGAUAGAAGAGAACGUAACAGAACGAGCGACAACAAGCGGCACGACGUAGCGGCGCGACGAUCAAAGCGCAAAAGAAAGACGCACGACGCGACGAGAGGUCUCGUUCUCGAGAGCCUCGAUCUCGCCGGUAACGAGAACGCGUCGUACGAACGCGUCUCGAUCGAGAAUUCGUCAAACGUCACCCCGGAUUACAUCGUCCCGUCAACGGAAUCAACGACAACGCCGUCGAGUCUCCAGCGUUAUCCGAACCUCGGGGUUACGAGGAAACUAGCGAGAACGACGCCCCGUCGCGGUUUCUACACGGCCGACACCGUGGAGAGAGAAUUCUCGAAGCAGCUCGAGAUGGAGAUCUCCAAGUCCGCCUCCAAGGACCGCUCAAUUCUGGAGGACGGUAUCUUCGAUAGGUCUCCGGGGCAAUCGAGCGGACGGAAUGUAAAGUCGUCGGGCGAAGUCAACGAGAAAAGCACGGUCGCAACGUCGUCGGACGGAAAAACCGAUUUCGGAAGUUCGCGCUACGACGCCGCGAAGAUGCUGGGUUAUUCGAGAACCGAGGAGGAUCUGCCGAUACUCGAUCUGGAGAACGACGUGCUUGAGAGAGCCAUAAAGGAUUACAACGCGUACAUGAUGUCGAGGCAGAAAUCGCGUUACUACGACGAGCCGCUGCCGAUUCGUCGCGUCUCCGAGUCCCCGCAUCCGCCGCGAAAGCCGAUAAUUAAUUCGGAGGAGAGCGGCGGCGACGACGACGACGACGACGACGGAGGAGGAAGCGCGGAAGUCACGGGUGAAACGCGCAACGACGGCGGCACGAGCGGGGACUUAUCUUGCAUAAACGGGACGUUCCUGCCGGCGCCUCUAUCUCGCCACGCGCUGAUCAAAUAUGUAAAGUCCUCGAUUCCCGGCCACGAGUAUUUGGAAGCCGAUUACGAGUGCGCCCCGGGUUACCGUAUGGCAUCAACCGCGAGCCGAUUAGUCUGCCGAGCUCGUCAGUGGGUCGGACAGGUGCCAAAGUGUGAGAUCAAGCAAAAGCCGACCGGGUUGUGCGCCGAGGCGUCCUGCGAGCACGUGUGCAACGAAAUUAACGGCCGUCCCGUCUGCUCCUGCUACGAGGGAUUCAGAAUUCUGGACGAUCGCAAAUGCGUCGACAUCAACGAAUGUUUACUUAACAACGGUCACGGUCCUUGCCAGGACACCUGUCGAAAUCUCAUAGGCGGAUACGAGUGCUCCUGCGAGGGUUUGCAAGACGCGACGCUGGCCGCUGAUAAUCACACGUGCGAAUACAACAAGCACACGGGCCCGUGCAGCGUAAACAACGCCGGGUGCUCUCACACGUGUCUGUCCACGAUGGGUCGGGUGUUUUGCCUGUGCCCGGACGGCUUCAUGCUCGAGGACGACUGGAAAACAUGCCAAGAUGUGGACGAAUGCUCGGUGCCGGAUCUUCAGACGGAGCUGUGUCGCCACGGUUGCAUCAACACCCCGGGCUCUUAUCGAUGCGCGGAGCCCGCGGAGCUCAAGGAUCAACCGGUUCUGGACAGCCUGUCUAUCACCUGCCUGCCGGGUUACGAACAGACGCCCCACGGGACGUGCAUCGAUAUCAACGAGUGCGCGGUGGAUAACGGCGGUUGCACGGAGGUGUGCGAGAACACGGACGGGAGCUUCUUCUGCGCCUGCGACGGGGACGAAAAAGCCUUGUCAUCCGACGGGAAAUCCUGCGUGGAUAUAAACAGCAUCACCUGUUUGCCGCUGAAUACCGUGAGUCGUGGUUACCUAAUUUGUUCUCGAUUGGAAACAUCAAAGCUUUGGCGCGACAGACGAAAAGAGCCCAAUCGACCGGGCACGAGAUGUUUCCUGAAAUGUCCUCGCGGGUACCAGCUUCGCGGUGAUUACGAGCUGACCUGUCGAUCCGACGGCACCUGGGAUGGACCGCAGCACGGAAAAUGCGUCAGAUACAGCAAGCCCCGAUUGGAGUGUCCGAAGGACGUCGUAGCCGAAUUACCGCCCGGCAGAGACGAGGCGUUUGUUACCUUCGAUCAGCCGGUUACCGAUCUCGAUUGGUUCCGUUACGUACGAUCAAAGCCGUCGUGGGGCACGCGACUCGAGGCGAAUCUCACCCCCGGGAUACACGAGAUAACAUUUUACGCGCGACACCCGGUAUCGAAGAAACAGGCCAGCUGCGUUCUACGCAUUAUCGUCAAAGGCGGCGAGGCGCCGAAAGUCAAAGACUGUCCCGGGGACAUCGAGGUUAUCGGGAAAAAUGGGACGUCAAUCACGUGGACGGAGCCGACUUUUACGGACAACGUGAAAGUCACGCGAAUCAAUAACAACGAGAGUCCGGGUCGUCGCUUCGACAUCGGCGGUCACAGGAUCGAGUACGAGGCGAGCGACGAAGCGGGCUGGUCGAGCAAGUGCGUUUUCACCUUGGUACUGCGUGGUCGGAAAUAACCGGAGCACCGAGGCAGAGUCGGAAGAGGAUCCGGAACGCGCGCGGCAGGAGGAAAAGUGAGUGAAAGAGAAAAAGAGAGAGAGAGAGAGGGUGAGAAAAGAGGGAAGAGAGGCACGGCACGUGGAAGAAUAACGAUAAGGUAAUAUAAAUGGAAAUGCCACGGGAGAAACGCGCGAGCUGAGCGCCGCUCCUUACAUAGGAUCCCGUAAUGGAUUCCGUUUUGUCCGGCAGGGGUUACACGCGGAAAAAUACCGGGAUAUCCAUUUGCACGCACAUGCCUCCCUCUGUGAAUCCUCUUUGCGCGCGCGCGCGCGCGCUGCUCUCGCGGUGUGUAUACUUUUACCCUUUUUUCCCCCCGGCGGCGCAACGACACGCGUAAUAAAAUUUCAAAACACACGGGAAUGUUAGACCAAAGAAUUUUACCGCAACGACGUCCGAUAGAUUCACGGGAGUCGAGAGACUUGCCAUUUUUUUUAUCAAGAAUAUACCGUAACGAUAGUUCGGCAGCGACGUGUUCGCGCGAGACGUACGAUAAUAAUAUCGCAACGACAA